AUGAAAAUUCUUAUUGCCACUAUUGCUAUGGUGCUCUGUGUGUCCAGCGCUUACGUUGUCAACGGAGGUGUUGUUGGAGGCGUCGUCGAGCCAGGACUUCCUUGGGGAGCAGGAUGGGGAGUCGCUAAUGACUGGAGACUCACUCAUGACUGGAACAGAGAUGGAGUAAUUGACUGGAGAGACGACUUCUGGCUCGGAGGUGAAAGACCAUGGGAUGGAAACUGGCUCAGAGCUGAUUGGAACAGAGAUGGAGCUCUUGACUGGAGAGAUGGCUGGAGAAGAUGGGACAAUGGAUGGGGAGUCGCUGCUGUUGAUGGAGUCCUCCCAGCUGGAUCAUGGAGAGCUGAUGGUGCAGUCGUUAGAGAAGUACCAGCUACCGGAUUCGUUGAUGACUGGAGAUACAUUGAUGGACCAUGGGGAGUUCCUGAAUGGGGAUACGGACUCAAUGGAUGGGACACCUGGAACGGAUGGAAUGGAAGGAACGGAUGGAACGGAGCCGUCGUUGAUGACUUUGCAUGGAGAGAUGGAUGGAGAGGUGCUUGGGAAGCCCCUGUUGUUAGAUCUGCCCCAGUUGCCACUGCUGCUAAGCCAGUCACUAAGCCAAUCGCUAAGCCAUCUGCAGCCAAGACCACUACUACCACUGCUAAACCAGCCGCCAAGCCAGCCGCCAAGCCAGCCUCCAAGCCAGCUUCUACCACCACUACUGUCAAGAAGAACUAAAUAAUCGGUUUAAUGUUGUUAAAACCAAAAUAUCUUUUUCCAUCUCUUUGAUCGUUG